AUGCUCUCAUCAAUUAGCAUCAAAAAACUGACUACCCGCUUCAUUGUACCUGCAAUUGGCUUAUCGGCAUCUAUCGGCUAUUACCACACGCUUAACAACAUGGCUCCGAUUUCAAACGAUUCGCCAGUCACUUUCGUCGGAGGUGACGACUGGAUUGACCUUAAAGUCAAGAAAAUCGUCGAUGUGACCCACGACACCUACAAGGUGUUCUUCGAGCUUCCUUCUCCAGAGCACGUGUCCGGAUUGGUGACUGCCUCUGCAUUGUUGGCUAAGUAUGUCACUCCUAAGGGCUCCAAUGUGAUCAGACCUUACACUCCUAUCUCCGAGAUUGGGGAAAAGGGCGAACUUGAGUUUGUGAUCAAGAGAUAUGAGGGCGGAAAAAUGUCCAACCACAUCAAGGAAUUGAAGCCCGAAGAUACCCUUUCCUUCAAGGGUCCUAUCGUCAAGUGGAAAUGGCAACCAAACCAGUUCAAGGAGAUUAUUCUCCUUGGUGGUGGUACCGGAAUCACUCCAUUGUACCAAUUGGUUCGUGAGAUUGCUCAGAACCCUGAGGACAACACCAAGGUGAAGCUUUUCUACGGAAACAAGACUCCUAAGGAUGUACUUCUCCACGACGAGCUCUCCAGCUUGGCCUCCAAGUACCCAAAGCAGGUGUCUAUUGUCCAAUUUGUUGAUACACCAGAUGAAACCUGGAAGGAGAGCGUUGGUUACAUCAGUGCUGAUUUCUUGAAGGCUAAUUUGCCUCAACCCUCUGAGGACGUUCACAUUUUUGUGUGUGGUCCUCCAGGUCUGUACAACGCUCUUUCUGGUCCAAAGGUAUCUCCAACCGACCAGGGUGAGUUGACCGGAGCCUUGAAGGAAUUGGGCUUCAACAAGAACCAGGUGUUCAAGUUCUAA